UAGAUUUUCAACAUGGCGGAAGCGAGUGGCGGGGAAAACACUUCUUCGCCUUCUGCAACAACAUCUACCGAUAGCAGCGAUCAAGCUGCAAGUGGAGACUCACUGAAAGAAAAGCCCACUUGCAUAUUAUGUCUUGGUAUGGCUGGAUCUGGAAAGACAACUUUUGUGCAGGUAUAUAUUAAACGGUUCCCCUCGGUUGUCAAAAAGUGAUAGAACGUUCCGAUUGCGUUAAUUAGGUCCCACGUGCCCUUAAUGCGUUCGAUCACAUCGAGGAGAGAUAAUUCGUUUGGCUUCCAGAAUUAUGAUUCAAGCGUAACACUUCUACAUUAUACUGGAAAAAUGAUCCUUGUUACUCUAACUCACUGCAGUGAUGACAACAAUCCUCGUAGUUUUUUAAUGAACUUUAUGAAUGAUUUGGGGAAAAAAUGUGGCCAAAUGAUUCCAUUAUUCUUUAAGACAUAAUUUCUUAUAUAAGUUUGAGUUUGCAAUGAAACUAUCGACUUCUUAAAUAACUGACUGAAGAGUUUGUAUUUUUAAAUGAAUUGCAUUGAAAUGAAAGUCCACUUGACCACAAGUUAUCGCAAGUUAUGAAGCAAGAAUGGGGUAACGCUUUGAAUAAUCAGCAUGUUGAAAUCUUAAGGUUAAGGUAACAUGAAUGUACUUAACCCUUAUCUCUCAUAACCAAGACAGAAUUUCUCCUUACAAUAUCAAUACAAUAUCAAGCAGGCAGGUGAUGAGAAAAAAGAAAAAUAUCAAUUAGGCGAUUAUUUUUUGAUUCAGUACCGAAUUCUACAAACUAACAUUGCAAGAAUUAUAUAUCAGACAGUAGGGAGAAUUGCUAAUGAGAUCUUGGGAGUGAAAGGAUAAAACUUCCAAGAUACUAAAACCAUUCUGUAACCUUUCAGAGACUAACAGCACACUUGUAUGCCAAAAAGGAGACUCCUUACGUUGUCAACCUUGACCCAGCUGUGAAAGAAGUACCAUAUCCAGCAAACAUUGACAUCAGAGACUCAGUGAACUAUAAAGAAGUCAUGAAACAGUACAAGUUAGGACCAAAUGGGGGAAUUGUUACAUCACUGAACCUGUUUGCAACAAGAUUUGAUCAGGUUAUGAGCUUUCUGGACAAGAAACAGUCAAAUGAGUUCAAGUUAGUAAUGCUUUCAUAAUUUCAAAAUGAAGCCAAAAUGAGCUAGUUUUACAAGGAUACCACUAAAUUUUUUAAGAAAUUUGAUUCAUUGAACAGUGAAUUUUUUCGCAUUCUAAAGAUUUAUGUGAACCAUGUUACUUCCAGGGUUUUAAAGCUACCUCUCCUUCUUUAUUUUUUGUAUUUCUUUGAUGGCUAAUCAAAAAUUACUUAUCCCCAAAAAAAGAGCUGUAAAGGAGCCUGGAUGAUAAUAUCACUAUCAUUUAUCGAGCACAAUUUUUUUUUUGCCAUUUAAUUCAUAUUCCCAGCAAGCAUCUGAUAUCAGAUUAAAUAUACUAUUAUUUCAUUGCAGGUUUGCCAUCUUUGACACGCCAGGCCAGAUAGAAGUAUUCACUUGGUCAGCAUCAGGGGCCAUCAUAACUGAGGCACUUGCAUCUUCAUUUGCCACAGUUGUUGUGUACAUAAUAGACACAGCAAGAAGCACAAAUCCUGUCACUUUCAUGUCCAAUAUGCUGUAUGCCUGCAGUAUCUUGUACAAGACCAAAUUACCAUUUGUAGUUGUUCUAAAUAAGGUGAUUUAAGUUUUGUUUUCUCUGCUGGUAUAGACCAGAAGUGUCUGUCUUAUUUCCAGGUCUAAGUCAAGUCUCCCAAAGUUCUUCUUUCAGGUGGUAACCAGUAAAAAUUAACUUCCUAUAGUACCUUUUCUUACUGCCUAAAAUCGCUUGGGAAAAAAAAAGGUUGCUCUACUAGUUUUAAAAUUUAUUUUAGCCAUGAUGUUUAAAGUAAGAUGAGAAUGCUGAGUCUCUUGGUGUGAUAACAAUAUCUGUUUGAGUCAGCAUUUGGCAUUUAGUGCUACAAUCUAAAAAAAAAAAAGGAAACAAGGCCAAAAACCAUACUUUUUCAAUUCACUCGAGGAUCGCAUUUUACUACAGAUAACUGAACCAACAAUAUUUUUCAUUUUUAGACAGACAUUGUUGAUCAUAACUUUGCUGUUGAAUGGAUGCAAGAUUUUGAAGUGUUUGAAGAGGCUUUGUCUCAAGAUACAACUUACAUGUCAAGUUUGACGAGGUCAAUGAGUUUGGUCCUUGAUGAGUUCUAUCAGAAUCUUCGGACCGUAGGUGUAUCAUCAAUGACUGGGGCUGGUUUUGAGGAGUUCUUAAAGGCAGUAGACAAUGCUGUUGUGGAGUUUGAGACUCAGUACAAACCAGGUAAAAUACUUUGAGAUAUGUUAACCAUUUUACUCCCUAGAUCUUCUACCUGAUAAGUUUUAAGUUCUUUUAUUGCCUGGACUCUUGAUGAUGUAUGGAUAUUAUAGGGAGAAGUUGCAUUUUAAUCAUUUCUGGAUGGAAAAGAUGAACUGCAAAAUACCAUGUUUCACCUUGGUCUAAAGAGUGGGAGACCACUGACCUGAAAAUUGGUGCUGGAUUCUGGGCUGAGAGGUCCAGUCUCAAGACCUUGUUGGGUGAUGUUGGGGUGUUCUUGGGAAACCACUCUUAACUAAGAAAUAUGAAUGGGUGUGGGCAAACUGUCAGGAAUCCCUGAGAAAUUGCGGGAAUGGUACCCUGCACUGGACUGUCUUCCUAUCCCAGAGGAGUAGAAAAACUGCUUGUUGCUUCUCGCCACAGUGACUGAUAUAAGCUCUGCCUGGAUGGGUCACUUGGCCCAAAUAGAGACUUACCACUUUUUUGUAACUUGAAGUUAAGAAGGAUGUUUUAGCAUUUCCCAUGAGUGUGGAACAUUAAAAAAAUCAGUCAGAGUCCCUCACAAGGUGGGAUACUCAACAAUGAAAUUGAAAGAUCUGGGGUUCAAAUUAUUUGGGUCAUGCUCUAAGAAGUGUUACAUCUUUCCCUAAAACUGUAGUUGCCUGUUCAUAGACAUCUAUUUCUUGUUAUUUUUUUCUUGGAAACUAAACAUGUGAGCCAGUGUCUUUAAAGAAUUACUUGCCAGACUCUGAGAAUGAAAGGGUUACAAGUGAUACUAUCCACUUUAUUUUACAUUUCCUUCCAUUUUCCUCAGAAUAUGAAAGGCUGAAAAAGGAAAAAGAAGAGAAGGCAAAAAAAGAUAGAGAAGACCAACUAAAAAAGGUGCAGCAAGACUUGGGCAAAGGAGAGGCUGUUGCUAUGGAAACAGUCAAAACUGGUGCCCAGGCCAUUGAGUCUGCACAUGCAACUCCCUUCCAUAUCUCCCUUGGUGCUGAUUUGGAUAGUGAUGAUGAUGAUGAAAGAGGAGAUGAGGAGGAGUGGGAUGAGGAGGAAAUAAAGGAACAUGAAUCCUUCAAGAGAUUCUUAGAAAAGGAGAAACAAAAGGGGCAACAUGUUAAAAAGGAAGAAAGUGGCUAACUGUUCAAGUGAAAAGCGUUGGAAAAAAAAACAGACCUUGAGACUAUAUUUAUCAGAGGAGCAAAAAAAUGAUGUUAUUUUAUGCACAAUUAUGUUACACACUAAAAAUAAUUAGUAGCCUGAUAGGAAAGGAAUUACUUCAGUCUGUAAAUCAGCCAAUAUACAUGUCAAUUGUGAAUGAUAGGUUUUUCAAACAUUUUAGCUCACACAGCUGCUUAAAAUGUGGCAACAGACAUCGAACUGUUUUCAACUUCUUAUUCCUCUCAGUUUCAUUGCUCAAAGCUCCCACUAAACAGCUGGUCAUUUAGGCAGCAGGCAUUUUGGCCAGAGCCAGGGUAAAUAUAUUAUCAAGUUUUGGUGCAAGGCAGGUUAUGCUGAACAAAUUUUUAUCUUAAUCACUUUGACAAAAUCGUUUCCUCGAUUUGAAAUGAUUCAUAAAUCAAUCUCCCUUGGUAAGACUUGUAGCUCAUGUUAGCUAUAUACUUCCUGUAGAGUACAUGUCUUGAAAGGGAUGAGGUUAUGGUGGUGUCUGGAUGCAUAUGAAAGUAGUCCCGUUUAGACUAGGAGAUUUGUAGUCUAAGGAGUAUUAUAUUCGCGGAGUAAAAAGCCAAGAGAGGCUUGGGUCGGGUCGGGUACUCGGUUAAAGAACGCGACCAGACCCAAACUUCUCUCGUUUUGUCACUCCUCCGCCACUAUAUUGCUGUCUACUAUUGCGCUUUCAGUUACUAACUUAGCGCCUGGAAUAGGUUACCAAAGUAUUUUUGAAGAACAUCAUUUACUCUCCCUUGGCAUGAGCUUAGUAAAAGUGAAUGUCCUCGAAAAAGCCAUACGAGGUAGUCUGAAAUAAAUUUAUGCCACCUGGCAAGGGGUAUUUAAUCUUCUUAGUUCUCAAGGACUGAAAAUUACACACAACCGUUAGGGUUCUACAGGAGUACUUAAGAUCUGCGGCGAGGCCAAAUUUUUAGGCGAAACACCAACUUUAUUGUAGAAAGUUGAGAUAAAAAAAGAAACGCAUUUCAAGGCCAAACGUUUGAUAAAGGAAACAUCCAAGUAAAAAUAUUUUUAACAUCAAGUACAGAGUAAAUACCAUUACCAGUGUCAGCUGGAUAUAAGGAUUACUAAUCAGAUCAAAGGAAACGAGCCAUGAAAUUGCAUCUAAAUUCCUUGUCGUUUCUGCUCUCUUUGAUCCUAUGCAGUAAUUAACACAAUCAAAUUUAA